AUGGCUGCCCCGCGCACUCUCCUGCUCUGCCCGCCUUCGCUAUCGGCGCAUCCAGAGGCGCUCAACAAGAUAUACGAGAUCCAUGAUCGCUCCACCGCCGACUUGCAGAUGCUGGAUCGCAUUGCAGCAGGCCUCGUACAACUGCCCGCCGCCACAUAUGACGUCGUCCUGCUCCUCACCGACGCCGACGGCACCACGCGCGAGAGCCACAAGCUGCUCGCCCGCGAUGUCGCAAGCAAAGUCGCCGGCGCUCUGAAAGUCGGGGGAAUCCUCAAGGCGAAGACGGAGGCGAUUCUGGCGGGGCUGUCUGAGUCACCGAACGGCAUGGUGAAGACGGAGCAGGUGGAGAGCGUGUCGAUACCACUCAAGUUUGGCAAGAAGAAGACAAAUGGCGUCAAUGGUACGAAUGGUGCAGUCAACCCAGAUGGCUCGGUCCCGCUCAACCUCAACGGCAAGCGCAACCAGCCCGAGCCUGUGAAGCCAGUGGGUGUAGGUUUCGUGGACUUCAGCGACGAUCUCGACGACCCCAUAAUCACAGGCGAAGAUGACGACGACGACCUCAUCGACGAAGACGACUUGAUCACCGAGGAGGACAUGGCACGACCUGUCAUUCAGCAGUGCCGGCCCAAAGCCGGAAAGCGACGCCGCGCCUGCAAGGACUGCACAUGCGGUCUGAAGGAGAAGAUGGAAGCUGAGGACGCCGCGAAGCGCACGACUGCUGACAAAGCGCUGAACACAAUGAAGCUGGGGGCGGACGACCUUGACGAGCUGGACUUUACCGUCCAGGGCAAGGUCGGUAGCUGUGGCAACUGCGCACUCGGAGAUGCUUUCAGGUGCGAUGGUUGUCCGUAUAUUGGUCUGCCUGCGUUCAAGCCGGGUGAGGAGGUGCGACUGCUGAAUAACGAUAUUCAGCUGUAG